AAAGGAGGAAAUUUCAAAAUCAGUUAACAGUUUCAAAGCAAUUGUUUUCUUCAGGUAAGUAAAAAAAAAUGCUUUUCUCUUCCAGAUUCAGCUUGCUCUUGCUAUUGUUGUCUAUAUUUAAGUUAAGAUUAUCCUUAUCUUAUUCAUAUGUUUCAAGGGCUAUUUUUAUUAAUUAUUUUUUUUUUUUUUGUUCAUGUGUUGUUACAAGCAUCUUAUCGAUGACACCGACAGAGAUACCACAUAUCUCUCUCGACCUUCAGAACGUUCGCGGAGGCACUGCAAUAAAAUGCUGUUGUCGUUGGGCCUGUAUUUCACCUGUAACAGUUAUGAAAUUCAGUUCUUGAUUAAAAACUUUGUAGGGCGAUUAAUACUUCAUAAUCCGAUCUUCCAUUUAAAAGAUUCGUCAAUCGGAAAUAGCAUAUUUGCAAAAUGGACCUAAAUCAACUCAGCGAUGAGCAGAAAACCAUUUUCAAACAGUUUCGCGAGGCGAUUAAGGAUUGCAAAUUACCGGAAUCUGACGACACUUAUCUUUUGAGAUGGCUCGUAGCGCGUGAUUUUGAUUUGGUCAAAUCUGAAAAAAUGCUCCGAAAUUCGCUGGAUUGGCGCCGCAAAAAUAAAAUCGACUUAUUGACAGAUAGCUACCAGUCACCGGAAGUGUUGACCAAAUACUUUUCUUCCGGGCACUUGGGGGUGGAUAAGUUUAAAAGUUACUUGAUUCUUUUCCGAUUCGGAAUUUCAGAUAUGAAAGGCAUUAUGCAUUCAUCCAAGAAGAAAGAUUGUGUAUUGCACAUAACUCAAAUCCUCGAAAAAAAUUUCUUAAUGGUUAGAAACGAUCCAUCGAAGUACAAGCGUUCACCCGAUGCAAUUGCCCAGACAUGUGCUAUUAUAGACUUGGAAGGAUUCUCCAUGAGCCACGUCACGUACAAACCAGCGAUAGAUGCGGUCAUUCAGUGUGUCCAGAUGUACGAAGCCAACUAUCCGGAAUUGCUUCGGCGUGUUUUUAUAAUUAAUGCGCCAAAGAUUUUUUCAAUUCUCUAUUCCAUCGUGACACCUUUUAUACACCAACGAACGAGGGAUAAAAUUCAAGUCUACGGCCACGAUUCCAAGCAAUGGAAGGCGGCCCUUCUGGCAGACAUUGAUCCCGAUCAGCUUCCUGUUUCUUACGGAGGAACUAUGACCGAUCCUGAUGGAAACCCAAACUGCAUAACUAAGGCCAAUAUGGGCGGAGUAGUUCCGAAAUCUUAUUAUUUCAGCGGCAAUAAACCAGACGUUGGAAACAAGAAAUCUUUGUCGAUCUCAAGAGGAUCAAAAGAACAACUGGAAUUCCAAGUUAAUCAAGCAUCUUCUAUUUUAAAGUGGGAUUUCCAUUCAGAAGAGAGCGAUAUCGGCUUUGCAGUUUAUCGUAAAGAAGGAAGCGAAUUAAUUCCUGUUGUUCCACCUGAACGUGUGGACUGUCAUUUGUCAGCGGAAGAGGGAGAAAUCCCUUGUGACUCUACCGGUGUCUAUGUCGUCGAAUUCGACAACAGCUUCAGCUACCUGCGCUCGAAGAAGAUUUGGUAUUCAAUUUCGAUUGAAUCGAUGAAAUUAACCAGUUGGUCAGAAUGAAAACAACUUGGACUUCUUAUAUGCAUAAAUUUGGAACCGAGUCAAUUAUGCCAUUGACAUUUCGGCUAUCGUAGAAAAUUCGCCCGUCAAUUGAUUGAACUGCAGUUCUAGUUUUCAAACAAAUUUUUGACUGAAAUUUGGUUGUCGCUACAACACGUUCUCUGCUUAUUAAACGGCUGUAAUGUUUA